UCCGGGCCCGAAUCCCUCUUCAACCUUCUGCUUUCUGGAGGGGCACCUUCAACCAGCUCCGUGGUGCACAGGCAGCGGCUUCCUUAGUUUUAAGAACAAUUAGAAAUAACAGAUUGACACAGACGCAAUGUCUUUUCUCACUGUCAGUAGGUUAGCCCCUAAACUCCUCAAUUCAAAGAAUGCCACCAACUUCCUUGUGGCUGCCCGAAAUGCCAGCGCAUCAACAACAAAUCUGAAGGAUGUUCUGGCAGACCUCAUCCCUAAGGAACAGACCAGGAUCAAAAACUUUAAACAACAGUAUGGCAAAACCAACAUAGGACAGGUUUCUGUUGACAUGAUCUAUGGAGGAAUGAGGGGGAUGAAGGGUCUGGUCUAUGAGACCUCUGUGUUGGAUCCUGAUGAGGGCAUCCGUUUCCGAGGCUACAGCAUUCCAGAGUGCCAGGGGCUUCUGCCUAAAGCCCCAGGAGGUGAAGAGCCGCUGCCUGAAGGCCUCUUCUGGCUGCUGGUCACCGGACAGGUGCCCACCGAGGAGCAGGUGACCUGGGUGUCCAAAGAGUGGGCGAAGAGAGCAGCACUUCCCUCGCACGUUGUCACCAUGUUGGAUAACUUCCCCACAAACCUGCACCCCAUGUCGCAGUUCAGUGCUGCAAUCACGGCUCUGAACAGCGAGAGCACCUUUGCGCGGGCCUACUCUGAGGGGGUCCACAAGUCCAAGUACUGGGAGUUUGCUUAUGAAGAUUCCAUGGACUUGAUCGCCAAGCUUCCCUGCAUUGCUGCCAAGAUCUACCGCAACCUGUACCGCGAGGGCAGCAGCAUCGGAGCCAUCGACUCAAACCUGGACUGGUCCCACAACUUUAGCAACAUGCUGGGCUACAGCGACGCCCAGUUCACUGAGCUAAUGAGGCUCUACCUCACCAUCCACAGUGACCAUGAAGGAGGCAACGUCAGCGCGCAUACCAGCCACCUGGUGGGCAGCGCUCUGUCUGACCCCUAUCUGUCCUUCAGCGCCGCCAUGAACGGUCUGGCUGGUCCUUUGCAUGGGCUUGCUAAUCAGGAGGUACUGGUGUGGCUGACUGCCCUGCAGAAGGAGUUGGGUGGAGAGGUGUCCGAUGAGAAGAUGAGGGAUUACAUCUGGAACACCCUGAAGUCUGGAAGGGUUGUGCCGGGCUACGGCCACGCCGUUCUGAGGAAGACAGACCCCCGUUACACCUGUCAGCGCGAGUUUGCCCUGAAGCACUUGCCCAACGACCCCAUGUUCAAGAUGGUUGCCCAGCUCUAUAAGAUUGUGCCCAACGUGCUGCUGGAGCAGGGCAAGGCCAAGAACCCGUGGCCCAAUGUGGACGCCCACAGCGGCGUGCUGCUGCAGUACUACGGGAUGAGCGAGAUGAAUUACUACACUGUGCUGUUCGGCGUGUCCCGGGCUCUCGGCGUGCUGGCCCAGCUGGUGUGGAGUAGAGCCCUGGGCUUCCCCUUGGAGCGCCCCAAGUCCAUGAGCACAGAUGGACUGAUGAAACUGGUGGGAGCCAAGUCAGGCUGAAAGAGCACCUGAAAAGAGCCGGGGGUUAGUGUGGAAGGUGGGAGGAAGGGGGCAACAUCAAAAGGGAGACAUGGAUUGUUCACCCCCUCUUGUCAUUUCCAACCCCAGAGAUUCAAUGGGUUUCAAAGAGACAGUACGCUUUUAAUGUCAUUUCACAAAAGAAGGGCCUUGUUUUUUUUGUUUUUUUUACUGCCACACCAUUUAGUCUUUAAAUGUGUUCAGUUAAAAAGACUAGGCUCCAACUAUGUCCCAUUAUUGGUUUGCUAGCAUCCCCUGUGAACUGCCUUUGUCACUGGGCGCUGGGUCUGAACUAUGAAUAGGCAGUGGCAUUGAAAGGAAUCAUGGAGGUGAUCAACACAUCCUUUGUAUUUGUUUAAAGAUCUAAAGUUAAGUACGUAACUCAACCUUUUGCUGCUUUUGGCAAAUGUAGUGACUUUGUUUUAGAAGAUAUCCCAAAGCUAAAGACCCUUUACCUGCAAUAGAGGCACCCCACCUGGUUUCCUCUAUGCAAUGUUCCCUGAUGUCAUCCCUCCAAGUCGAUCAAUGUGUUUCACUCCCAUUUAUGAACACUCCAGUUGACAAAUUAAGGCCCUCAGCAAUAAAAUUACCAAGCUGUUUAAGCGAGAUGUACAAGAUUGUGAAAAUCUGUUAAAAGUUACUGCCCCUUUAAAUCUUUGGUCCCUCCCUUUUCUCCAACUUGUAGUUCUUACGUUUCUUUUACUAGCGACCUGUAUUGGCUCUAUGAUCAAAAUAACUUGUCUAUAUAGAAAUGAUUAUUCUUUGUUAAUAUGCUCUUCUGUUUUUAAUGUUUCUCUGCUCAAAGGGUCUUCUGAAUGGUAGAGAAUAAAGAAUGUACAGUAAAGAUUUGUGCAAAGGGUGUUCUAUUUGGCAGCCUGUCCUAAAUCUAUAAGAGCAAGCUUGAAUAUGUAAGUGGGGUGGGUGGGGGCGGUUGGGGGCGUUGUAUUUGUAAAGAUCCUGUCUUAUUUGAGUCUGUUUGUGACUUCAUCCCAUAGGAGAGCGCUUUGAACAUCAACUACUCCAAAAUUAGCACUUGCUUGAUUGGAUUUCCUUACUUUUAGAUGUAGACCCCCCCCCCCCCCCCACACACAGGUUGAUUGUGUCCCUUUUUUUUACAGUUUCUUUGGUUGUAAAUGUAUAAAACAAUAAUCUUUGGGACUGAUCUUGUGGCUUUAUUUAUACGUUGUGUACAUAGGUAUAUAUAAAUAGCUUGAAUGUAUGAGCUGUGUGACCACUUGCUUGUAAUUACCACAAUGAUUACCAUAGUUUACCAACAAUGUAGUAUCCAAUCUCACUCUAAUGUCCAGUCUCACAUUGUGAUCAUGAACAAAGGAAACCUGCAGCUAUCUUGUACAUACAUGAUCUCUUGCCUUGCUCUGUCGGCUUAGUUGGUGCUGUUUUUCAGGGCGUCUCACUUCCAUGGUUCAAGCUUGCUCUUAAGUUCUGGGUUUGCCAACACUCCAUUUCUGUGUAGUUUAAGUUGUUCCAUUCUUUCUCUUCCUCCCCCCCCCCCACACACACACACACAGUACUCUUGCCCUGUUAGUCAGUAAUUCACACGUAUGAAUAUCUCUGCUCUGCUUCCUUCUGGCUUCUUUAAGGCAUGUUUUUGUUUUUCCUUGUGUCUAGCAGACAAGGUUAUUUUGAUCGUAGAGAACUGGUUGUGUAACGGUUGUUCAUUGCAGGUUGAUCAGAGAGCCACUUUGGGGUUGGAUGUGUCUUAAGGGCAAGAUAAAACUUGAGGGAAAACCCAAUCAAAUAAAAGGUUUUUAUUAACA